GGCACUAUUGGGUCGUGUAUAGGUUACAUUCAGAGUUGGCAUGUACAACACUUGACACACAAAAUCCACACACACCCAUAUAUUCCUAUAUAUAUACACACACAUAUGAUAUGAUGUGACGAAGCUCACCGCCACGCCGUUAUUAAAUAUUUUCUGCUGUUGUGUUGUGUUGUGUUUCUCUUAUUUUCCUUUAUAUUUUCUCGUCACCCAAACAAAGAUUACUCUCUAAACAAAUGAAGAGCAGCAGCACCAACAACAACAAGGCUGACUUCGGUAUGUCCGAUCUUGAGGCCUCACUCCCUGCCGCCGCCGCUGCUCUUACUGCGGAGGACCGUGUUGGUCUUGUUAACGCUCUCAAAAGUAAGCUUCGCAAUUUGACUGCUAACCAUUCAGAUAUUAUGGAAACUUUGUCCCCUAAGAUUCGGAAGCGUGUUGAAUUACUUAGAAAGAUUCAGGACCAACAUGAUGAGUUGGAAGCCAAAUUUUUUGAGGAGAGAGCCUCACUGGCAUCUAAAUACCAUGAACUUUAUCAACCCCUUUACACUAAGAGGUAUGAGAUUGUUAAUGGUAUAGUUGAAGUCGAUGGAGUUAAUCAUGGAGACAAAGCCAGUGAAGAUAAAGGAGUGCCUGAAUUUUGGCUUAAUGCAAUGAAAGCUCAUGAAAUAUUGGCUGAGGAGAUUACAGAGCGUGAUGAGGGUGCUCUUAAGUAUCUCAAGGAUAUUAAGUUGAUUAUGACUAAAAAUCCCAAAGGAUUCAAGCUGGAUUUCUUCUUUGAUACCAAUCCUUACUUCAAAAACUCUGUUCUGACAAAGACAUAUCACAUGGCUGAGGACGAUGAGCCUAUCAUAGAAAAUGCAAUUGGGACUGAAAUUGAAUGGUAUCCUGGGAAAUGUUUGACUCAGAAGAUUUUGAAGAAGAAGCCAAGAAAGAAUGGAUCAAAAAAUGCCAACCCCAUCACCAAAACUGAAAAUUGUUCCAGCUUCUUCAAUUUUUUCAGCCCUCCUCCGAUCCCUAAGGAUGAUGUGGAUAUUGAUGAAGAUGCAGCUGAUGAACUCCAGAGUCAAAUGGAGCAGGACUAUGAUAUUGGUUCUACAAUUCGAGACAAGAUCAUUCCACAUGCUGUUUCAUGGUUUACUGGGGAGGCUGUUGAAGGGGAAGACUUUGAAGAUAUGGAAGAGUACGAUGAUGAUGAUGAAUUUAGCGACCAGAAUGAGAACGAGGAUGAGGAUGAAGAUGAAGAUGAAGAUGAGGAUGAAUAGGAACACAAGGGCAGGAAGAAGAAAAGUGGUAGGCCACUAUAGCUUUGGAUGGUCCACAAGGUGAGCGCCCUCUCGAGUGCAAGCAACAGUAGCACCAUCUUGGAUAGUUUUGGAUCUUUUUAAAAGUUAGAUCUAUUUUGCAACUUUUCACCCGUUUUGUUCUCUCAAUAAACAUCGAAGUUUUGGGAUUAUAAUUAUUGAGAGUUUGAUGUAUAGGCUAUAACCACAAAAUUUCUUUCAAACCAAACCUUUGCCAUGCAAGUCAUAGAUAUUAGAUAUAGAUAUGAUUAGUACAUUGUCGUUUACUGUUGUGUUUCAGUUUUAUGCUUUGCUUUCUUCA